AUGCCCAGCACGUCUGGGAGCACUGCACGUCCCCACCACCUCUGUGCUUUCCCCGGUAAAGCACCGGGCUGCGUGCCAUGCUGUGAGAUGCCCGAAGCCAUCAGAACAGCUCCAGCCACCGCUCCCCACCCUUCACGAGCACUGCAGCAGCUGCCCCAUCCUUACCCGCAUCCCUCCGGGGAGGGUGGGGAAACUUUCACCCGGCCCACCUUAAGAAGGCAGCAGCCGGUGUCCCGGGGGGAGCUCCCACCCACGACUGUGCCAAGAGCCAGGCGGUGCCGGGCUGCGGGGAGCCCCGCCGCUACCGGGGCCGCUCGCGGUGUCAGGGCAACGGAGGCGGCGCUGCGGAGGGGCGGUGCGGAGCGGUGCGGAGCGGAACGGCCCCGGGGCCGCUCGGGGCCCGGCCAGGAGGAGCCGGAGAUGGAGCCCCGUCCCCCCGCCUGGCCGCUGCUCUGCCUGCUGCUGCUCUGCCCGCCCUCCUGCCCAGGUGUGGGUGCCCAGAAGUACCCGGACUUCAAGCUGCAGCAGUCCCAGGGCCCGGUGGUGGUGAUCAAAGGGGAGAUGCUGACCCUGAACUGCACAGUGUCUAAAUCGGGUCCUGUUGGCCCUGUGAAUUGGCUGAAGAACCAGAGCAACGUCAAUCAAACCAUUUAUGAUCAGAAAGGCUCCUCCCAACGUGUGAUGAGAGCAGUCAAUGGGUCCGAAACAGACUUCACCAUCCACAUCAGGGAUGUUCGUCUUGAGGACGCUGGCACCUAUUACUGUGUGAAGUUUCGCAGAAACACCUCUGGUGAUGAGGUGUUUAAGAGUGGUGGGGGCACGAAGGUGUUGGUGCACGCCAGACCCUCCAAGCUGGCCGUGUCAGGGCCGAGUCACCGAAUGGUGCCGGGGCAGUCGGUGACCUUCACCUGCAGUGCCAGAGGGUUCUUCCCCCGUGACAUCCAGGUGCAGUGGCUCAAGAACAGCGUUCCAGUUCAGGCUGAGCUGCCCCGCAUCACCUCAGAGCCAUCAAAUUCCUCCUACAACAUGUCCAGCACCGUACAGGUGACGCUGCACAAGAACGACGUCCGCUCAGAGCUCACCUGCCAGGUGCAGCACAGCACGUUGUCAGCCCCACUGAGGAGGACGUACGCACUGGGCCAGGCCCUGCGAGUUCCCCCCAGCGUGUCUGUGGUCGCUGCGCCGCCGGGCGCCGUGGAGGGGAACAAGACGGUGAACUUCACCUGCCGUGUGCAGGGCUUCUACUUCUCACACGCGGUUCCCAUUGUAGAAAGUCUCAUCUAUGUGGCCGUGGGAGUGGUGUGCACUGUGCUGGCACUGCUGGUGAUUGCAAUUCUCUACCUCAUCCGGACUAAGCAGAGCAAGGGUAAGAGCUCUCCGUCUGCCAGGUUACACGAGCCGGAGAAGAGCAGCGGAGCCACCACCACCCAGGAGUCUGAUCCCAACAACCUGACCUACGCUGACCUGAAUUUUGCCAAAGAGAAGAAGAAGAGCACCCGCCGCAUCAUCGAGCUGAGCCAGCAGUCGGAGUACGCCUGCAUCCAGGGCAGCAAUAGCAGCAGCAGCCAGCCGGCCGCCAGCAGCGACAACCUGACCUACGCCGACCUGGACAUGGUGCACCUCAGCAAGGCACCCCGACGGCCCACCCCACACCCCGAGGAGAGCAGCUCUGAGUAUGCCAGCGUCCAGAUCCAGAGGCAGUGAGCGGGGCUGGGGUUCACGGGGGUCCUGGUCCUCCCCCCUCUGCUCACAGAGGAGCUUUCUCAGCAGCACCGAUGGCCACGGUGUUCUGGGAUGGGAGUGCAGCCUUCAGCACUGUGCCUGCUCCUGGGGGUUGACUUGUGUUUGCAGACUUGUGGGAUGGCUUGAGGGCUCCUUGCCUUUGGGACUCCCAAAACCCUUGGCUGUGGGGACCCCUGGGUUGUGCACUGGGUUUGCUCACAGAACCUGAGGAUGCGUCGCUGGAGAGCACUGCGGUGCAUCAGGAUCUGGGAUGGUGCCUCCAGGCCAGGGGCUCCCACUGCCUUUGGGGGCUCUGCUGUGUGGAAAACGAUCUCUGGCUUUAAAGGAACGAUGUCAGUGUCCACCUCUCUUUCCAAGUGUCUCUUCCAUGGGCUCCUGCACUGACGCCAAUAGGACUGGGGGGCUGCAGGAGGCGAGCUGCAGCCACGUUGGCUUUGCCCCAUCACCAAACAUCCUCCUCCUCCACACAGCCUAGAGAUCUGUGCCCUGGGCUUGCACAAAGCACGCAGCCUCCUCCAGCCAGGCAACCCUGUGUGUUUGGGGCCACAGUGAGCCCUCCCUCACCGGGCACAGCCCCCUACCCUCAGUAACGUUUAACAUGUUCUAAAUGUUUGCUAUGUAAGUCUUAAUUUCUAGAGCUCAACCCCAAUGUUUCACGUGUUGUAUGUGGGUGUACUGCUGUGUACGUUGCACUAUAGGGUAAGAUGUGCAAAAAGAAGAACAAGGCCUCCGUAAAAACCCUGGAAACCCCAUAGAGCUUCUGUCUGACACACACCCCCUGCUUGGAUGUGGGCUGGGGGCACCAGCAGCUCCCUGCAGCCAAGUCUGGGGGGGGACGCACUUAUCUUCUAUGUGUCCCCUGCCCCAGGACACCCCUCCCCAUCACCCAUGGGAUCAGUGUGGGGUGGGGAAAGCCCUGACAUUGCUUUGGGAUCUGUGUGACUGCCUGUACUGACCGUGAUUUUUUCUUUUUCUUUUUUUUUUCUUGUUGCUUGCAAGAUAUUUUUAUAAUAAAAGUGGAAAGUCCUGUG